CAAGAAUCUGGGCCGGGUCAUCUACCUCGCCAACAUCCCGCUGCGAUUGCAGCUCCCGCCCCGCCCCAACGAUCUCAAGGAGCUGUGCUUCCGGACGUAUCCCAGGGCCGGCAAGCUAGAGAUCAAGAGGGUCCUCCAGCUCGUCUAUGGCCUAGACGUGGAGAAGGUCCACACGAUGAACAUGGACGCCAAGAAGAAAUUCAAUCCCCGGAAGAAGUACUUCUAUCGCACCGCCUCGUACAAGAAGUGCUACGUCUAUCUCAAGCGCCCAAUCUCCCUCUCCAAGGAUCUCUUUCCGCUCAAUCUCUUCUACGGCGACCCCGAGCAGCAGGAGGGCGGCGAGGAUAGAUCUGGCGCCGCCAAGGACGAGAGCUCCGCCGCUUCUUCUUCUUCCACCGCCACCGCCGCCUAGAUCGAGGACUCAAAGGGGCCAACGUUCUUCUCUCUCUCUCAUCCAGUAGGGUUUAUUUGUGGGCGAGCCCUUUUUUAGGGUUCCUGGGAUACGAAUUUGGAUGGAGCUGGGCAUUAAUAUCGUCCCGAUCGAUCUGUCGCUUGCUGCUGGGCGGGCGGCGAGGCGAAUCGAGUGAUGGAUCGGGUUUGAUGGUGCCGCCUAGCCGAUCCAUGCAGCAACAGGAGCAGCCGCAGCAGAAUUCUUUUCCUCCUCCUCUCUCGUCCUCGCCCAGCGCCAGCACGAAUGGGCGGAGCAGCGGCAGCGGCAGUGGCAGCAAGCGCUCCCCUUCUUCCUCCUCAAGAACGCUCAUGCAGCGCCUCUCUUGCCUCGUCCUCUCGAUUCUCCUCCGGCAGCACAAGCUCUUGCUGAUUGCGCCCAUUAUCUACAUCUCGGGAAUGCUGCUCUACAUGAGCACCAUGACGCUGGAUUUGCCGCGGGUGAGGAAGCCGGAUCCUCCCGGCUCCAGGUACCGGAGCCCCGAGGUGUUCGCGAAUUUGUGGCCGGCAAUGCGGGCUUCCAACAACACCGGGAUUAAGGCUGUGUGGCAGUUUCCAAAGGAGGGAGAGGGCUGGGUUCCUUGUUUGGAUCGUCAUUCUUCGAAUAGCACUGAUUUACCUCCAUCGAAUGGAUUCGUGAUGAUAGAGGCAAACGGGGGCUUGAACCAGCAGAGAUCUUCCAUAUGCAACGCUGUUGCUGUAGCAGCACUUUUGAACGCGACCCUUGUUGUCCCGGAGUUUCAUUUUAAUAGUGUUUGGCAGGAUAGGAGCACUUUCGGGGAGAUAUAUGAUGAGCAGCAUUUUAUUAAUGCGCUCCAGAGGGACGUGAGAGUUGUCAGCCGGCUCCCCGAUGAUCUCAUGGACAGCGUAGGCAACCUCAGUAAUAUUUUCAACUUUAGGAUCAAGGCUCUAUCUCCACCCAGCUUUUAUCUCGACAAAGUCCUCCCCAAGCUCCUUGAAACCGGAGUCAUCAGAAUAGCUCCCUUUGCAAACCGUUUAGCGUAUGAUCACAUUCCUUUACCUCUGCAGCGGCUUAGAUGCUUCACUAACUACGAGGCUCUGAGAUUCGCAAAGCCGAUUUCCGACAUUGGCCAGCUGCUAGUUCAGCGUAUGGUAGAGCGCAGCUCUGGGAACGGUGGGAAGUAUGUCGCUGUGCAUUUGCGGUUCGAAGAGGACAUGGUGGCGUUUUCGUGUUGUAUUUACGAUGGAGGCGAAGAGGAAAAGCUGGAGAUGGAUGCUGCACGCGAGAAGGGCUGGAAAGGCAAGUUCAACAGGAAGGGCCGUAUAAUCAGUCCAGGUGGUAACAGGAUGGAUGGGAAGUGUCCCCUCACUCCACUGGAGGUCGGAAUGAUGCUCAGGGGAAUGGGAUUCAAGAACUCUACGCCCAUAUUUCUGGCUGCGGGGAAGAUCUACAAGGAGGAGAGAACCAUGCUUCCGCUGAAGCAGAUGUUUCCGAGCCUUCAAACUAAAGAAACGUUACUGACAGAUGAGGAGCUUGCACCAUUCAAGAUGCACUCCUCGAGAUUAGCCGCACUGGACUAUACAGUUUGUCUGCACAGCGAGGCUUUUGUCACGACACAAGGUGGCAAUUUCCCACAUUUUUUGAUCGGCCAUAGGCGAUUUCUCAACAAGGGCUACGCGAAAACGAUACGUCCGGACAAGCGAAAGCUGGUGCAACUCUUGGACAGACCCAGCAUCAGCUGGGAAUCGUUCUCAAAGCAUUUGCAAGCAAUGCAAAGACACAACGACGUCAAGGGCCACGAGAUGCGCAAGUCGAGCGCUUCGAUCUACACGUACCCGGCCCCGGACUGUAUGUGCCUGGAGAAUCCUCCCCCUCCGCCAAAGCCUCGCGUCAAGCACUCGGGCAGCACAGCCAACGAGUCGGCCACCCUCGUUGGCAUGUGAGUUUCUUAAAGUGAUUUUGUUUCUCUCUUUAAGGUUUGUCUUCGAUUCUUUUGAGCACCACGAGGUGCGGAUACCACGGCGCUGUAAUUUUAAUCUCCCUGGAGGGAUGAUCUGAUUAAAAGAAAAUAUGUAUAGCUAAAAUCUAGGGGAUCCAGUGGAUAUUCUUAUUAUAACUAUUAUCAUAA